AUGACGGUCCAAGCCCUCACCAUCCGCAAAGUCACGCCCUCGAUGCUACCCGCCGUGCACGCCCUCGUCGAGGGCUCUUUCCGCGGGCGGUCCGCGGCCAAGGGCUGGUGCAGCGAGGCCGAGUUCUUCACGGGCGCGCGCAUCACGCUGGCGGGCAUGCGGGAGAAGCUCAGCAGCGCGGGGACGACGUUCCUCGCCGGGUACGACGGCGGCGGCGGAGCGCUCGUCAGCUGCUGCGAGAUUGCGCAGCGGGACCGCGACACGUGCUACUUUGGCCUCUUCGCCGUCGAUCCGGAGCGGCAGGGCGGCGGCAUCGGGAGCCGCGUGCUCGCGGCGGCCGAGACGUACGCGCGCACCGAGCUCGGCUGCGCGCGCAUGGAGAUGCAGGUCAUUGACAGGCGCGACACCCUGAUUGCGUACUAUGAACGGCGCGGCUACGUGCGCACAGAGGAGACGCGGCCGUUUCCGUACGAGUUGUUUGCCGAGGGCACCGUGCUGCGAGAUGACUUGCGCUUUGCGGUGCUGGUCAAGGAGUUGGUGGCAUAG